AUGAAUUAUUGUUUAAUAUUAUUCUAUCUUAUAUUAUCUAUUACUCAAUAUACAAAUUGUAUUGAUUUAAAUACUGGUUUUACCGAUGCAUUGACAUUAGAAGAAUAUGAAGAUGAUGUUGAAUUGAUAAAGCUUCGUUUUGAUUCAACACGACCAUGUCGAUUUUUUUCUGAUGAUCGUUAUCCAAAAGUUGAAGAAGGUUUAGCUAAUUGUUCAUGGUAUGAAAAAGAUGCAUGUUGUAAACGAACUGAAGUAGCAAGUGUUUUUGAAUCAAUGUAUACAUUACAUCAAGCAUCAACACAAUGCCGAAAUAUGAUGAAUUAUCUUAUGUGUUUUUUCUGUGCACCUGAUCAAUAUUUAUGGUAUAUUAAAAAACGUGUUAAGAUUUGUGAAACAUUUUGUAAUGAAUUCUAUCAACAUUGUAAAACAGCUGAAUUUAGUGGAAAUACUAUUGGUAUGUGUAAUUAA